AUGCCGCCCGGUUGGGACUGCAAAUAUGAUCAAACGACGGGCAACUGCUAUUACAUAAACUAUCUGACCAAGGCUAUGCAGCUGGAGGAUCCGCGCGCCGGACGCAGCAGCUACAAACAGUUGCAAAACGAACGCUGCUCCACAGAGUCCAUAGCDCUGCAGCCCCUGGCGCAGCACUCCCAUCACAGCUCUCCCUUCCAUGUGGUACAUCCCAGCAACAAUCUAACCGCCGUGCGUGCCUUCCAGGAGCGCGCCUUACACAAUCUGUCGACGAGUCCGUUGCUCUCCGCCUCGUCGCGCGGACAACUGGAGCUCUCUUCGCCUCUGCCUGUGCAGCGUGCCCGCUUGCCCUCCAACAUGUCGCGUCGUUCCACCAUUCAGGAGACCUCGUUCAGCGAUACCCAGGCCGUGGUCACCAAGAUACAGAACAUGUUUCCCACAGCCGAUGAGAAUCAUAUACGGCUAUUGCUGAAGCGGUAA